AAGUACAGUCGUAUUAUGAGGGUGGAGUUUGUUGCAGCCGCGCGCCAUCUGCCAACCAGGAAGUACUCAAUAAGACGCGUUCACUUUCUUGAUGUAAAGGAAUGGGCUGGACGUCUUUCUGCCAUGAGUAAGAGGAAGUCUUCUGUUCACAAUGUUGUAAAACCGUCUAAGACUCCUAGAACGGAUGGUAAAACGCAUGUUCAGGAUGAGGAGGAGAACGGCGAGGAGGACGAAGAUCAGCAAGACCAGUCCUUGUCCGCUUCGAGCGUGGGAGAUAUCGGCGUGAUAGAAAGCAUCACUUUGAGGAAUUUUAUGAGCCACCAUUUGCUCGGACCUUUCAGAUUUGGACCAAAUGUAAACUUCAUUGUCGGGAACAAUGGAACUGGGAAAAGUGCCAUUCUGACGGCUCUUAUAGUGGGUCUCGGUGGAAAAGCGACCAUAACCAACAGAGGAACAUCUUUGAAGGGCUUUGUGAAAUAUGGAGAGAGUUUUGCAGACGUUAAAGUGAAAUUAAAAAACCGAGGAAACGACCCCUACAAAGGGCACAUUUACGGAGACAGCAUCUGCAUUGAGCAUCGGAUCACGAGCGACGGUUGCAGAACUUGUAAAAUCAAGGAUAAAACUGGUCAUAUCAUUUCCACAAAGAAAGAAGAGCUAACCGCUAUACUAGACCAUUUCGGCAUCCAGGUUGACAAUCCCGUUUCAAUACUCAAUCAAGAAAUGAGCAAACAGUUCCUGCACUCAAAAAGCGAAGCUGACAAGUACAAGUUUUUCAUGAAGGCAACUCUUCUGGAGCAAAUGAAGAGAGACUACAUUCACAUCAAGCAGACUAAAGCCUUGACGCGUGAACAGGUGGAAAGACAAGAGGAGUGUCUCAAAGAUCUCAGGCAGUUGUUUUUGCAAAAGAAAGCAAGAUAUGAGCGCUUGGCGUCACUUGACGGUAUGACCCAGGCUCUAGAGGACCUGAAAAAGAAAAUGGCAUGGUGUUUGGUGAGAGAGAAGGAGAGGCUUGUUGAACAACUGAUGGAACAAAUCGAAAAAGAAGAGUCUGAUCUUAAAAAUAAAGAAAAGCUGCAGCUCUAUCAGAACAAAGUUACCGUCGCUGAAAAGACACUGCGGGACGUUCAGAGGAAUGUUUGCCUGCUUCGAGAAGAGCAGGAGCAUUUGGCCGAGGAGAGCCGUAAAAUGAAGGAAGAAAUUAAAGUCAAAACAAAAGCACAGAAAAAUCAGGAGGUGGUUUACUUCCGUGCUGAGAAUAAAUUGAAACUAUUAGAAAAGGAGCAAUGCCUUCUUCAGGAGCGAAUUCACAAAAUAAGUCAUGGCAGUGGCAGAAGAGGCCGUGAGACUGAGGAAGCGCAGCAUCAAAAGAAAAUAUCUGCCUUCAAAAAGCAGCUGGAAAAGCUCGAGAACGAGUCCAGCAAUCUGAAUCAAGAAAUUAAGGACAAACAACAAGCUCUGCUUAAAGGAAGAGAGGAAUAUGAUAAGCUGAGCAUGGAGGAAAAGAACAUCCAGGUCUCUCUGGAGUCCAAACUGAAGAGAAAAAAGCAGCUAAUGGCCAGCAGAUCCAACAGACUGAGACGCUUUGGCGAACAAAUGCCAGAGUUGUUGGAGUCCAUCAACCAAGCCUUCAAUCAGAACCGAUUCAUCAAGAAACCUGUGGGACCAAUAGGUGCAUGCAUCAGCCUAAAGGAUCCCAGUUUAGCCGUGGCAGUGGAGAGUUGCUUACGAGGUUUAAUUAAAAGUUUUUGCUGUGAUAAUUACAGGGACGAAAAAGUCCUGCAAGGACUGAUGUCCUCAUACUUCCCCAGAGGCAACAGGCCUCAAAUAAUCGUGUGUUCGUUCACAAACAGAGUUUAUAGCCUGCAAGGCAGUGGAGUCCAUCAUCCUGAGUUUCCAACUGUGCUGGACUGCCUCAAUAUCGAGGACCCAGUGAUAACAAACUGCCUCAUUGACAUGAGGAGCAUUGAGAGCAUACUGAUUAUCAAAGAGAAAGCUCAUGCGAGGAGAGUCAUGCAGGGGUCGCGACCCCCAAAGAAUUGUCGUGAGGCCUUCACUGCAGAUGGUGAUCAGGUCUUCACCAAUCGCUAUUACGCCCCUGAACGUGAAGUACUGGCCCAAUAUCUUGGCGGCGACCCAGAGGCAGAAAUACGUCUAAUAGAGUCAGAGCUGGAGAACAGUCAGGCUCAGCUUUCACGCUUCCAGCUUCACUUGGCCUCUGUGAAGGAAGACAUUCAGUCCAUGGAGGAGAAGCUGCGUAGUGUCAUCAUGGCCUGCAAAAAGAAUCAGGAAAGUAUAAACAAGGUUAAAGCUUCCAUAACGGAACUCGAGAACAUCGAGGAGGCACAGGCUGAAGACAUCAGCUCCCUGGAAGAAGAUGCACAAGAAAGCGAACAGAAGAUCGAAUCGGAGAGGAAAAAAGUGAAGGAGGCUCGGGAUGAGUUAAAGAAACACGAGGCGGUGCUUAUUAAUGUUAAUCAGAAAUAUAGCGAUGUGAAAAAUAAAAUGGAGCAGCUCUCGGAUGAGACAGAACAACUGAAGGAGGAGCAAGUUAAGGCAGAGGCUGUGUGCAGUAAACUUGAUCAAACCUUGAAGAUCUUAGAGAAAAAAGUGGAGGAUCAUGAUGCCACUAUUCAGGCCAUGAAAGAUGAUCUGACACUGAGAGAGGAAGAAGCAAAGGAUUGUGAAGCCAAAGCCAAAGAGAUCUGCCCCGUGCGACAGCAGGUAGGUCAGAGUGCCAAAGCUAUCGAUGCUGAAAUCACACGCCUGCGACAAAAGAUCAGUACAGAAGAGAGCAGCCAUGGCGACAAAGAACAAAUUAUCCGAGAGUACGCAGAGGCUCACAAUAACUACAAAAACAAAUCCAGCCAGCUGAGAGAUCUCAGGAAGUUUAUUGAUCGGCUCGACCUCAUCAUGAUCGACCGUCAGGACCGAUACAAGUCUAUGCGACGGUCGCUUUCAGUGAGAUGCAAGCUGUACUUCAACAACUUCAUGAUGCAGCUCAACUGCUGUGGCUCUAUGAUGUUUGAUCACGUCAACGAAUCUCUGUCCAUUUCUGUGAAACCCCCCGGUCAGGAAAGAAACAACGUCAAUGACAUGCGUUCCCUUUCGGGCGGCGAGCGCUCCUUCUCCACGGUCUGCUUCAUUCUGGCGCUCUGGGAGAUCACCGAGUCGCCCUUCCGGUGCCUGGACGAGUUCGACGUCUACAUGGACAUGCAUAAUCGCAGCAUUUCAAUGAACAUGCUUGUGGCCCUUUCAGAACGUCAGCAUCUGCGACAGUUCAUCUUCAUCACCCCUCAGUCCACCAGCCAUCUGCCUAAAAGUUCCCACAUUAUGAUCCACCAGCUUCAGGAUCCAGAGAGGGAAGCGGAGGAGGAGAGAGAUGUGUGUUAGGUGAACUGUACCGAACAUGUGUAAAGUGUAAAGUUUGUUAUGCAUUUGCUUUUAUUUAUUUUUAAAGACGUUUUAGGGUUCUAGUUCCUCUGCGAAGUAUGUUAUAGAAGCACAAAGCGUGCGCCUCGUUUGGGUUAUUGUGACGUUCACACCAUUUCAUUCACUUCAUCUGGUCUCUCAGUGGAAAAAGGAGGACUAUAGUUGACCAAAAAAUGUCUGAUGAGUUUGUUUCGUCAUCAGAAGACUCACUUGCUCACCAUAAGCGGUGAAUGGGUGCCGUCAGUAAUCCACACAACCAGUACCGAACAAAUGCACAGUGAGAAGUUGUGUGUUUUUUGUGUGAAACAAACACAUUAAGACGUUUUUAAUGUCAAAUUUAGCGUCAGCUAAAACAUGAGUCCUCUGUACGUACUGUAAUAUUAACUUCUUAAGUGAAAAAGUCUGAAUCCAAAGAGAAAUAUACACCGAUCAAGCAAAAACAGAUCUAAACGUAUAUGUUGGUGGAUUUUGACAUGAGAGGACAACUGGAGAUGGACUUUCUCAAGAAGGAAGAGUUAUUAUGGACUUUUAAACAGAAGUGACUGCCACCCGACGGCACCCAUUCACUGCAGAGGAUCCAUUGGUGAGCAAGCGACGCAAUGCUACGUUCUCCAAAGCUGUUCUGAUGAAGAAAAAACUCAUCAAAACCUUGGAUGUCAUGAGAAUGAGUAACGUUUCAUUUUGCGGUGAAAUGUUAGUUCGGUUUCUAACCGUUAGCACCUGCUCAGGACGGUUUCAGCAUGUUCAGAAUUUGCGUUUGUCAGUUUAAACCAGCAUCCCCCGCAAUAAACCCCAAUGCUCUUCCUAGA